AUGGAUAAACAAAGACCACGCAAGGACUUUCGGGUCAUUAUUGUCGGCGGUUCGAUCGCAGGGCUCACACUUGCGCAUGCCUUGCGAAAAUACAACAUCGAGUAUGUCGUGUUGGAAUCUCGCGGUGAGAUCGCGCCCCAGGUCGGUGCCUCGAUUGGCCUACUCCCCUCUGGCUGCGGAAUUCUCGACCAGUUGGGCGUUUUCGAGGACAUUCGCAAGGAGAUAGAGCCGCUGAAGAGCACGAAAUACUGGACAAAAUCUGGGAAGAUGAUUGCUGAGACUGAAGGCCCCGUUAUUAUGCAUGAAAGACAUGGCUACCCAGUCUCUUUCCUUGACCGACAGAAGGUUUUGGCAGUUCUCUAUGACCAUCUUGCCCAGGAUAAGUCCAAGGUGUUCCUCAACACGAAAGCCGUGCGGGUGGAACAUACAGCGACGUCGGCAGUCGUUCACUGCGCCGAUGGUAGUCAAUGGACGGGGGAUGUGGUCGUUGGAGCCGAUGGGGUCCAUAGCAGGAUACGAAGUGAGAUGUGGAAUCGUAUGGAGAAGCAGCAGUUAAGUCAUACCGUGGCCCGUGAGAAGGACGAAAUGAUAUCGGUGUAUUCGUGCGUCUUUGGCAUCUCAACAGCCACCAAAGGGCUUAACGCUGGGGACAUGCAUCGGACGUUCAGCAAGGACUUUUCUACUCUGACUAUUGUCGGGAAAAAUGAUCGUGUCUUUUGGUUUUUCUUCGCGAAAAUGGAUCGGAAGUAUACUCUGGGAAACAUUCCACGAUUUACUCCUGAGGAGCAGAUGAAACACGUCUCGAAAUACCUCCAUAUAAACAUCACCCAUGAUGUGCUGUUUCGGGACGUCUAUGGUAAUCUCGUCUCCACUGCCUAUGUGCCUCUUGAGGAGGCUUUCUAUCGGCACUGGACAUGGGAUCGGAUGGCCUGCAUUGGCGACUCCAUUCACAAGAUGACUCCUAACAUGGGCCAAGGGGGAAACACUGCCAUCGAGAGCGCAGCAAGCCUAGCAAACUGCUUCAAAAAGUUCAUCGACGCUGCUCCGGAUUCAUCCUACAAUAUGAGCGAUCUCCGUGGCGCGUUGUCUGCGUGGGCCGUUGCACGAAAACCGCGAGCGAAGGAUAUUUGGGCGAACGCCAACAACCUUACCCGGCUCGAGACGUGGGCUACGCUGAAGCAUAAACUGAUGACCUAUUAUCUGCUACCAUAUAUGAGUCGUACCCUCAUCGAUAGGGCCUGCGCAACCUUCAUUGGAACAGAAGUGCUCGAGUAUCUCCCGAUUCCGAGAGUCUCCCAGGAAUGCCCGAUACCUGCGGAUAGACGAUACCGGAACGUGCAGCAGGAUUCAUCGUGGAAACGGCUCCUGUGGUCCGUUCCUUUGGUUGUGUAUCUUGUUGGAGCUUGUGUCGCUAUGGACAUCGAGCCUCUCGAGACUCACGCACAGCCCCUGAUCUCCCGUGGUUCAUUUGAAUCUGUCAACGGGGAGGUUGUCCCUUUGCUCCGACCCAUCUUCCACAAGGAAAUCCUGGAUACGAUUCUUGGGAGGCUUACUACUUGUUUUCUGCCGUCUAUUAGUGGUUCGGAUCCGAUAUCCCGGUCACAGAUGCUCUCAUUCCUCACCGACUUGGGGCCGCUAUACGGAAUCUGGCUAUUGGAGAGCUAUCGUCGAACACAUAGCUUGCCCGGCGUCCUCCUGUGA